GCUUUGAAGAGGGAAUUCCAGCGACAGAGCAUUGAGUCGGAGCAGCCGUCGAUCAAGCAGAAAACUCCGAAUGCUCGAGCAAACCGCGGUAAUUUGAGGGAUGCGACUAGAGCUCUGAUCAGUAUCGUAUCGAUGUAUCUCAUGUCACAGUCACUACAAGUGGUGCUGACAUUUUGGGAAACGUUCGAUCGAGCGAGUCUAGAAUCCGAGGAUCUCAACGUUGUCUACUCCUACCUAAACGAUAUCGUCAGCAUUCUCACGCUACUCUCAAGUUGCCUUCGUUUCCCUGUGUACUGUUCGUGUAAUCGGCUCAUCUACUCAGCAUCCUCGGGUACCCUCAGUGAAAUGAAAAGCUGUGCUUCACACAGAAAAAGCGGCGCG